AUGCCCGUCGACGAGGGAAAGCAUCGGCCAGACUUGGUAUCUCAAGACUGCUACAUGACUGUGAACUGCGUGGACGAUGCCAGACUUAGGGGCCUGCGCGUACUCCUCAAUACCGCUACAAGUGUCUCGAGGCUACGGCAGUCAUUCGUGCAGGCUAUCAACACGGGAUUGCUUGGGAAUGAGUCCGUCAUCGAAGCCCCCAAGGAUAGUAGGCCCAUCCUGGAAACGUACCACGUCCCUGGCUGGGUGGCCGACCCGAGAUCACGGAUCCAGGUUGUGUACGAGUUUGAAGGCGUGCAUGGCCAAAGUGUCUUGAAUUUCUUCCGGAGCAUGUAUGUCUCGCUGCAUAAAGCGACGGAUGGUGACGACUUCGUCCGGAUGGCCGCACAAUGGCCAGAGAACUACGAGGCCGACAUGCGAGACUACCUCAUCGAGGGGUUGACUGAGGUUGAUAAACGGAAUGAACGGACGAACAUCGACCUCGAUCUACAGCAUAGGCUCCGCCGAGUCAAGCGUUACAAAACCAUCGUCGGAUAUGGCGAGCGGGCUAGACAUGUGCUCGAGAACUACUAG